AUGGCGACCAAGCCUGACCCAGCAGCAACUCAGCAACCUCAAUUCACAAAUCCAUGGAAUCCACCGGUGUCCAAGCCAUCGGAUCCGUCGGGUCAUACCCCUGAUGGUCGAAUCGCUCACACUUUAACCGCAUGUACCAGGUGCAGACAGCGCAAGUCCAGAUGCGACCCGGGGAUCCCCAGAUGCGCCCCAUGUGAACGCAGCAAUGCCAAGUGCGUUUACUAUGAUUCGGCUCGAAAGUCGACAAUAUCCAGAACAUACAUUGUUCAAUUGCGCGAUAGGGCUCGAAAGUUGGAGCAAGAGUUGCAAGAUGUUGAAAAGGACUUCCAACAUGCCGCCGAUGCAGAAUUGAUGGUGAGAGGAGCCGGCCGCAUUCGCUUCAAAGAACAUGACGAAGCCAGAUAUUUGGGGCCAUCUAGCGGCAUCGCAAUAACUCGUCUGGUCAUGGAAAUGGCUAAACAAAACACAUCUUCCAAGAGCAUUAAGGAUGUCGUCCCCGACUCAACAGCUCAAGUGAUCAAAUCAGCAUUUAGCCAAGAAAGCGGGAAGCCAACGUCCAAAAUUUACCCCAUCAUCAGUUCAAUGCCCCAGCAAAGCUUGCCAUUGAAACAUGUGACCUAUCGACUGAUCGAUGUAUUUGUCGUUAAGGCACAAACAAUGCUUCCAACACUCCAUAUUCCCACCUUCCGACAGGAGGUCGAGGAGGUGUUCAACGGGUCCAACGACCCGUGUCAAAACUUCCAGUUGCGAAUGGUGAUUGCCAUCAGCAUGCAAAAGAUGAGUCAAUCCUUUGCAGGACUCGCGGACAGCUACUACCUUGCCGCAUUACCGUAUCUCGAAGCCUCUUUGAACCGAAUGGAUCUCAAGUCCUUACAGUGUUUAGUCAUGAUCGGCCAGUAUUCUUUGUUGACCCCUACACGAACCGCGGCUUAUUGGGUCGUUGGAAUGGCUGUUAAACUAUGUCAAGAGUUGGGCCUCACAGAAGAAGCCACCAUCAGCCAGUCGCGGGAUGGGAAGCCGCUGGACCCUUUGGAAAUCGACAUGCGAAGAAGACUCUUUUGGAUCGUCACGUCGAUGGAGUUCGGACUUUCUCAUAGCCUUGGACGCCCCAGCUGUUACUCUGUCAACCAUGACCACAUCAAUGUGAAAUUUUUCGAACCGGUAGAUGAUAAACACGUCACCCGGGAAGGAAUACACCCUGACGCAAAGUUAAUCCUACCCAAGUGCAUCGCCAUACACUUCUUCAAGAUGCGGCUACUCCAACUGGAGAUACGGCGAACCCUUUAUUUGAAUAAAAGGGAAACUCCGCUUGAUGACCAAGACCCGUGGUUCGCGCAUAUGCUUGAUAAGCUCAAUUACUGGGUAUCCUCUUGUCCGAAACAUGACAGUGGGAGCGGCCUAAGUGAAACAUGGUUCCAAGGUCGCAAAAACACAAUGAUCGUUUUCAUGUUCCGACCCUCUCCUCAAAUCCCAGAGCCGUCUGUUUAUGCAGCGCAGAUGUGCUUUGAAGCCUCCGUCUUUAAUGUCGUCAUGCAGAGGGAACAGAUCGCAACAGGCUCGGUAGAUUUGACUUGGAUCUUCACUCAAUCGCUAUUCAUGGCGUUAAAUACAAUCCUUUGGUCUCUUUCGUAUCCCGACAUCAGGAAGGAACAUCCAUUGGACCAAGUGGAAGGGUACAUUUCAGUUGCCCUAGAGGCGCUCUCACUAGCUUCCGCCAGAUGGCCUGGAGUCCAGUCAGCCCUCAUACUUUACGAAAACCUCAUCAUCGCAUGCCUCAGAGCAUACAGCACUGAUGAAUCGUUUGUGGUUCAUUCUCCCUCAAACCAUUCGAGCCAUCCGACACCUAGCUCCUCUCAAGACAUCACUUCUCCGCCAUCGAUCGCUAGCCCCGCCAGUACCUCUGCCUCACUCCCCUCACAGAACAUCCGGCCAGCCACCUCUUCCGUUGCCGGUAGCACACCUGCAGGGACAUUCUCAAGAGGUCCAUCAGUGGACCCAACCUUGCCUUUCCCAACGUCCACCACUCCGUCGGUUAUUAAUGUCGACCCGGUGAAGGCGGUAGAAUCUACUUUGUGGGAUCCCAGUAUCCCACCGCAUGCGCCAGCCAGUGCACAAAACUCACUAAGCUUUGAAUCAUAUGAAACCACUCCAAUUUCUGGUGCCGAACUCCAGUUUGAUCCAUCCACACCUUUCAACUCGUUUCCUUCAGUAGUUCGGGGCCUUCCAGGCUGGGAUCCCAAUUUCUCCUUGGCAACCACAACGGGUGCCGAACUAGGACAUUCGGAUGCGUUCAUGGAUCCAAUGGGCUGGGUAGAUUCCAUUGGAGACCAGUACUCGCAGUAUUUCAAUGGGGAAUACCCUCAGGGUCCAUGGCGAGGAAGGGCGCUGAGCCAACAAGAGCAGCUUGAGUUGAUGGACUCGUUGCCAGAUCACAUUCCUGAUGUCACAACUCAGCUAGCAAUGCAGACAUCGACUGCAUAUUACCAGUCGUGA